ACGGACAGAUAUAAACAUAUUGGGGAUUUGCUUUAAAAUAUAGGUCAGACAAACGCUGUGAGUGGACAAAUGUGCCGGGUGAUAAACAGUUGCGCGUAUAACAAUUUAUCAGUCCUUUGACCUGCUAAAAAAUGUUCGUUUGCAAAAUAUCUUAUCUAUUUCUAAGCGCCAUUUUGACGAAAGCCGUAGUUUUGCAGGACAAAACCUUAACAAUCGGUUUGCCUCAAACGACAUGCGGGUUCAAUGGGAAAAUUCAGGAAGCUACCAGAAACACCACAACAAUAGUAUUACCAAAAAAUUGUCUAGCGCAAUACAGCCUCAAUGCCGACAGGAUCGCAACGUGCCAAAAUAAACAACGCUGCACGCUGAUGACGUGGAAAGUGCUUAGAGAUUUCGAAAAAACAAUGAAUACCAAUUACCAGAAUACAGGAGAAGGUGUCGUACAAUUUAACAACUCAUUAUUGCAACCUGGAUUUAAAUACGACCUCCACGUUAUGCUGAAAGAUCCCGACGGACGAAUCGAGGAGAAGCAAGUUCCUUUAAUUUAUCCAGAACAAAACGACAUGCCUUAUUCAGAUGCAUCGGCUGCCAGCUUGAUCUUGGAAAUUGGUACCUCUUACGUGUACAUUACUUCGGAUCUUAUUAUUAACGCGAAAGUAGCGAUAUGUUCUAAUUUAACGGCAUACCAUUUCGAGUGGACAUUUUUGAGUCAAAACGGAUCGGAAGUUAUUAUUCCAUUGACAGAAAAGAGUUCCCAACUAAUCAUCCUUUCUGAUGUCUUGAUUGCCGCUGUCCAAACGAGCGCAACAUACGUGGUGGAAUGUAAUGUGAUUGACGCGGAACGAGAAGUGUCGAUUGCUAACGCCAUAGUCAAAAUUAAAACUGUCGAACCUUCCAAAGAUAUUUGGGACAGCUUUGAAGUUCGCCUGCCAUUUAAGAAAACUACAAUCAACAUGAACAAUCCGAUCACAAUCAAGCCCAAUAUUGUUAACCCGUUUGGAAGAGAAAUGAACUAUGAGAUCGAAUGGUUUUGUUUUCUGGAAUCAAAAAUUAUCUGCGAUAAUCAAAGGGAUUCGAUUCUGCAUUUGGAAAAUGGUUUUUCUCGGGAAGGACUGUAUGACAUAACCUUGAAUGUGAAAAAUGGAGAAGUGGAACGAAACGAUUCGUGCCAAGUCGAGGUAAUUUCUGGGGUACCAUCUAUCGAAUUCCAUAUGGAGUACCCACUAAAACCCUUGAACGGGAUCGAAAUUGUCGCGCACAUAGACGAAUUAAGAACCUAUUGUGCCGUGAGAUGGGUUUCGGGUGGGCAGUAUGCCACAGACCUAAAUAAAAUUCCAGGUUUCCUUAACGAAAUCCAUAAUAUUUCGUCAAUGGAUCGAUUGUUUCUCGAAGAAAUAGAAGAGUUUGGAAACAUUACGAUCUCCAAAGAGUUUAAAUUAAAGAUUCCGCCUCCGUCGAAAACGUGGCCCGGCCUCCAAGACGGAGUGCACAACGUGUCAUUGACGGUCUCGUGUCCAUCUAUCCAAGAAAUUAAUAACCCCGCGGAAAUCAUAGAAAAACCGUCGGACUUUAUCACGGUAUCUGGCUGGACGUUAAUAGAAAUCGAACCGACGCCAAUUUUGAAACAACUGAACGUAUCUUCUGAAGAUUGCGUGGCGACCAGAUCGAUUUAUUUGUUUAAAACUAGUCCUGCGGUCGGAACAAGGCCCAUAUUAUACAAAUACGGGUUCAUAUUCGACGAUUUUGAUGCAGUUUUCUAUACCGGGAUAGAUGUGUUUUCCACAGAAACGAUACUUCCGUAUAACGAAGACAGGGGCAUUCAAACUUACGUGGAAGGAUGCGAUUAUCUGGGUAAUUGCGGGAGGAUGUUUGGACCAACAAUUAUAACCAACGUAGAGAACACGCUAGACGAAAGCGGAUUUUUAAAAAUAUUUCACCAAAAACUUGAGGCUGGUGAUUAUACCAAAGCAAUGAUAUACGCGGUCAUCUUCACCCAAACCUCCAAAUAUCAAACGCACAGCAUAAACAAUACAGUCAACAGAGAAUUAAAGGAAAAAAUGGAAUCAUUUCUGGGCGCUGAUCCCAAGAGUGAGUCGUGGAAAGCAAGCGCAGGAAUAUUCUUACAAAGUCUGGUUCAAUUUGAAGCUUACUUAGAAGUGUCGACGGAUAUUAUUGAGAGCGUAAUACUCCUAAGGGAUCAAUUGUCUUCAACAGAAGACCAAAGGGAAUCAAUUGGCAGACAUUUGCUAUUAACCAAAGAAAAAAAUAGUCACACACUGAAGGAGAUGAAAAUCUCGUUGGAAUUGUCGGAGUUUAUAAUUGCGAAUUCGAUUAACAGGGAGAGUAUAGAGAAAGAAAAGGAGCAUAUAGUAAACACGUUAGUCGCGUAUAUGGAACAGGCUUGCGCCAAUAUUUUUAAAGGACAUAAGGUCUUCCAAGUUGAAAUGAAAACUCUAAUUUUCGCUGUAGAAAAGUUUUAUGUCGGUAGUAAAUACGUAACGAUUCCGUUCGAGCAGAAUUCCUGGAAUAUGACGGCAAAAAUUAAAACCCACUGGCGCGGAAACUCAACAGGGUACUGUUCGGCGAAGACCAUGUUCCGAGAUUAUUUUAGUAGAAAUUCCACCACCUUUGGAUUCCAUCUUGUCCGCGGUCUAAAUAGUCCUUCCGAAGAGGCCGUCGAUUUCAACGUAACAGUAUUCUUGCCCACCGAAGAACCGCAGCAUAAUAUUUUAAAAUGUUCAGUUUACAAAAAUGGCUGGUUGAGUACCUGCAGAAUAAAAAAACAUCUAAAUGGUUACGUAGUAUGUUCCUGUCCAUCUCUGGGAUAUUUCUUUUUAGACUUGGAUAAUUCGACAUCAUUAAAUGCCAAUGCAACUCUGGAAGAAUAUUUUGACAACGCAGAAAACGUUACGGUUAAUAUUCCCGAGAUAUCGUUUAAUAGAUUUGAUGGUGAAAAAAUUUCGUACGUCAUAAUAGCGUCUUGUUUCGGAGGGUUUGUGAUACUGUGCUAUAUUAUUCGCAAAUUGACGAUAUACCCGCAGCAAAAUCCAAUUUUCGACCCGACCCACGAAAACGUCCAUUACGGAAACCUGCUUCACGACGAGAUCAACUAAUCAAUAUAAUUUUAUCGAUAAGGAUUUUGUUUGAAAUAAAGUUUUUUAUUUUA